AUGAAGACGAACUAUAUUUUAUUUAUUCUUUUAAUUGGAGCAUAUCUUGUUCAAUCUCAACAGAGUCUAAUCACACGAGCCAAACGACAAUGUCCGUGUGCACAACUGUCUCAGAAGUCGAAAUGCAAUUGUUAUCCAAUCGGAAGUGGAAUGCAAAGAUGUAAAUGCUCAAAUGAGCCCCAAUCCAGUUCAUGCUCCUGUGCUAACAAAGCUCAGACUUCAGUAUGCCAACCACAGUGCCAAAAGUCUUGCGUUGACUCUUGUGUCAGAAAUUCUCACCAACCGCAGAUUUUGUGUGAUAAAACUUGUCAGUUCACUUGCAGCAAAGCGUGCUCCCCAUCAACUUCAAGCAGUUCAAGCUCAUCCAAUUUCCCACCAAUCAAGGUUGUGGUUAACCAACAAACCAAAGCAUCCCAAUGCCCACAAGCAUGCGCUCAAUCAUGCAGUAACAGUUGUACUACCCAACCGAACAAGUCUACAUGCAUCAAUAUGUGUUUGAAAUCUUGUGAGCCAACUUGUAUUCAAGCAGCAGUUUCUAUCAAUGUCAAGGAAUUCAUGCGAACUUCGACUACGACAGCAGCUCCAGUCAGCUCAUGCGUUCCAGCUUGUCAACCAACUUGUGAUGCUCAAUGUAUCGACGUAAUGAAGCGAUAUGAAGUGAUUAUUCAAAAGUUGCCAGUUGUCCAACAAUGUCCAUCUCAAUGCCAACCGACCUGUUCUCCCCAAUGCAUUCAGUCAGGGACAGUGUCCAUUCAAACAACACAACAACCAACAGCUGCAUCUUGUAUCCCAGCUUGCCAGCCAGCUUGUACUCCACAAUGUGUCCAAGCUGUAACAACUACCACUGAAACGUGUAUCCCAGCCUGUCAGCCAGCAUGUCAACCCCAUUGUGUCGAGAGACAACUACAGAUCCAGAUAGUGACUGCUGGAACAACCAGAGCUCCAGCUCAAGAAUCGUGUAUCCCAGCUUGUCAACCUGCGUGCCAACCACAAUGCGUCUACCAAUAUCUCUCAUCUGGAGUUUCAACAGUUCCGCCAGUCACCAAAGUCUGCAUUUCUGUCUGUCAGCCAGCUUGCGAUCCAGGGUGUGUUGCCAUCUACACCAACACUCCAGCUCCACUUCAAUGCGUAUCACAGUGCCAGCCAGCAUGUCUUCCAUCAUGCAUGGAGACCUUUACAACAACUAUCUCGAUGCCGAAACAAUGUGUUCCAGAGUGUCAGCCAGCGUGUGAAACCAAGUGUAUUGUGGCUCAGAUUGUUUUGAAAAUCAAGAGUAGCUAUCAACAGCAGCAGCAACAAUAUUCCCAACCAGCCCCAUCCUGUGUCCCACAAUGUCAGCCAGCUUGUACUCAGGAAUGUGUCGCUGCUCAACCAAACUUCGCAGUUCAAAUCAAGAUGAUUGAUGAUAUGCCAUCUACAACUCAAGCUCCACAAUGCAUUCCUCAAUGCCAACCAUCGUGCGAUCAACAAUGCAUUCAGACUUACAAGAUUCAAGUCCAACAAAUGAAUUCUCAACAAUAUCAGCAACGUCAAUACAACUGCGUUCCAGCUUGUCAGCCAGCUUGCGAGCAAUCUUGUAUCCAAUCCCAAUACCAGGUGACUGUCCAGCAGAGUUAUGCGAAAGUGAAUCAAGGAAACAGCUGUCCAUCGGCAUGUCAACCGGCCUGCGAACCUCUUUGUGUUCAACAAAUCACUGUUCAAACAACCAUUCCAAUCACAAAGAGCUGCGCUCCUCAAUGCCAACCGGCGUGUUCUCAGGAGUGUGUUCAACAGGCAACCUUCUCAAUCUCCAUUCCAAUGACUACGGUAGCUCCAUCAUGCGCUCCACAGUGUCAACCAGCUUGUGAUCCACAGUGCAUCAGUUUCACUUUGAAACUUCCAGCAGUCACUACACCAUCUCCAUCCAUGUGCCAGCCACAGUGUCAGCCAGCUUGUCAACCAUCUUGUGUAGAGACUUAUACAUUCACUCUUCCAAUGAGUGACUCUUCCAAGCAAUGUGCUCCAGCUUGUCAACCAGCUUGUGAUUCCAAGUGCAUUCAGAAUUAUCAAUUCGAAAUUGUCAUUCCACAGGUUUGUGAAAUUGUUAGGUCAUUCAUUGAGGAUAAGAUUCAGGCGGACAACAACUGUAUGCCGGCUUGCACUCAAUCAUGUCAAACAUCAUGUGUUCAACAAAACAGCCAAAGUGUUCCACAAUGCAGUACAGCAUGCACGGACAGUUGUAGAUCCUCAUGUGUAGAAAUAGUGAAAGAGUCUGCUGAACCCACAUUCAGACUUGAAAUCAUCCUCCAGAAGCCAAUGGAAGAAACUGUUCAAUGCGCGCCACAAUGUGCUAGCCAAUGCGUCGAUCAAUGCAAAACCCAACUUCUGACCCAAGUUGAAUUCUGUGUUCCAGCGUGUCAAAAUGCUUGCGAACAGAACUGUCCUCUACAAGUUGAGCCAUGUGCAAUGAGCGGCUCCAAGUGUAAUUGCUCUACCGGCUUCUCCAUCUGUGGAAACAAUCAAUGCUGCAGAAAGAGAAGACGUUAG